ACAGAGGACAAAAGAGGUUGCAUGUUCAGGUGUAACUGAAGCUCAUAAAUAAAGCCAGAAACUUUACAAGAAAAAGGGGGUCAGUGGUAAAUUGCACACCACUGUAGUAGAUAAAACCAAGGGCAGAUUUUAUUUUAUUUUUAUUUCUUCUCUGUGAAUGUUGCUGCAUGCAAGCUAAUGGAUUCUGACUGAUUCUUCCAUUUCUCAGUUUAAUGGUAUGGUAUGGGCUUUGUACAUUUUCAAGAUUAGGACUUUAGAUUUCAGUGUGGUGAAUAGAGGGGUUUUCUGGAUUGGUUAAUUGGGCUUUGUGCAUUUCAAGAUUAAGACUUUAGUUUUUGGUGAGGUGAAUUAAGGGUUUAGGAGCUGAUAUCCGUAUUGGUUGAUUGAUCAGUUGAGAACGUGGACAUAUUGAUAGUGGUGAAUGGUAAUACAAGGGAUGGGAUCUCAGGGGGGAGAUGAAGCAAAGGCAAAUGCUUUAGCUACGCAAGGAUCACUCUACAGCCUCACUCUUGAUGAAGUUCGGAAUCAAUUGGGGAAUUGUGGGAAACCACUCAAUUGCAUGAACCUCGACGAGUUUGUUAAAACUGUAUGGACUAUCGAGUCUAAUCAAGAAGUGGUGGGGGGAAAUGAUUACGGGGCAGUGCAGCAUGGGGCUUCUCAGCAUCGUCCAUCGAGCAUUACAAUGUCCAGGGAUCUCAGCAAGAAGACUGUCGAUGAGGUGUGGCAAGAUAUUCAGCAGGGGGUAAAAACAGAUAAUGUUGAUAAGAGAAGCCAGGAGAGGCAACUUACUUUAGGUGAGAUAACUCUGGAGGAUUUCUUGGUCAAGGCUGGAGUGAUUGCAGAGUCGACCCAAGGCAAGAGAAUUUCGGGUUUAGUAUUUGGGGUUGAUUCAAUGUCAUUGACACAGCAAGCUCAGUGGCCGCACUAUCAAAUCCCCGCAAUGCAACAGGUACCAGAACAGCAGCAUCAACAACAACAGCAGAAUAUACCACCAGUUUUUAUGCCAGGCCAUCCAAUACAACAGCCUUUACCUGUUGUUGCUAACCCAAUUAUGGAUGCAACUUAUCCUGAAACUCAAGUGACAAUGUCUCCAGCACAUAUAAUGGGAACACUAUCAGACACACAAACAUCUGGAAGAAAGCGAGUUGCUCCACAUGAUGUGGCUGAAAAUAGUGUAGAAAGGAGGCAGAAGAGGAUGAUUAAAAAUAGGGAAUCCGCAGCUCGGUCACGAGCAAGAAAGCAGGCGUACACCCAUGAACUAGAGAACAAGGUUUCAUUUCUUGAAGAGGAGAAUGAAAAACUUAAGAGACAAAAGGAGAUGGAGGAUAUUUUACCAAGUGUUCCACCUCCAGAGCCGAAGUAUCAGCUCCGCAGAACAAGUUCAGGCCCUAUCUGAAUGGUGUUUUUUUAAUGUCAUUGAAAAUUUCACCAGCUAGUAAUGCUUCUUUCUCAACAUCCUUGUUCAGGAGAAUGCCUUGGUAACUUCUUCGAGUGAUUUCCAGUAGAUGCGUACUCCCCCUAUCCGUGUAUGUAACGUUAACAGUUUGGACACUGAGAACAUGGUUUUGGUAGUUUUUUUUUCACAGUUAACGAUGUGUCUAGACAAUGAGGACAUAUAUAGUUUAGGGUCAUCAGUUAGUAGAUACAAAGGUCACAAAACAGCCUGGACUCGGUCUCUGUCUAAGAAUCAAGUGACUCAUUUUCUUCUUUCCCCCUUUUCCUUUUUGUGAUUUGGUCUGCUUUUGAUUCAUCUAACUGAAAAUGCUCGAAUUCGCACUGCUUUA